AUGCGCAUGAGGCGCAUUCAAGCCACCUGGCGCGUCCUCUUGGGCAUCUGGGCCCCAAAGCGCUGGGAAUACUCCAUCACCGCACUACAACAGUACACCACCACCCCUAAGCCUCCGCCUAACCCAUGGGUCAACAAGGGGACCUCGACGCCAACCGAAGCAUGGAAGGUCGCAGUAUCGCCGAGCACGAUGCAUAGCGGUGUGCCCCACGAGCCGCCGGUGAAAUCUCGCCGUAGGCGCCCGCGCUCUGGACGUGUGAUGCGCCACGUUCUGCGCGCACGCGCAGAGGCCGCAUCCGCUCUCGCAGCUUUCUUCGGUACACUCGAGCGCUCUCCGGCCGUGCGUGUGCGCGCAUCCGCACAUCUAGCCCGUGCGUACGGUGGCACCGUAGACGACGCUCCUGUUGAAGACGCACCCGAUGCGGUCGCGCCGACGCCUGGCCCGACGGGAUGGGCGUAG